AGAAGAAGAAGAACAGAAGAGGAUACGCAUAAGCAGAAGAAAAGAAAGAAGAAAUGGGCGCUUCUCAAUCAGUGUCUGAGAAGUCCAUUCAUGAAUUUGUGGUGAAGGAUGCGAAAGGAGAAGAUGUGGAUCUAAGCAUCUACCGGGGAAAGGUGGUUCUUGUCGUAAAUGUUGCUUCCAAAUGUGGUUACACAGAUUCAAAUUACACCCAGCUCACCCAACUUUACAGCAAAUACAAGGAAAGAGGGUUAGAGAUCUUGGCCUUCCCAUGUAAUCAGUUUUUGAGUCAGGAACCUGGAUCGAGCCAGGAGGCACAGGAAUUUGCCUGUACAAGAUUCAAAGCUGAGUAUCCAAUAUUCCAGAAGGUAAGUGUGAAUGGCCCUGAUACGGCACCGGUUUAUAAGUUCCUUAAAGCUAGUAAAACUGGAUUUUUGGGGUCAAGAAUAAAGUGGAAUUUUACCAAGUUCUUAGUUGACAAAGAAGGUCGUGCCAUCAAACGCUAUGGCACAACCACUACUCCCCUGUCAAUUGAGGCUGAUAUCAAGGAAGCACUGGGAGAGAACUAAGUGAGCUUGGAUGAAGAGACAUUAUUAAGCAUGAAAUCGUAGAAUCUUAAUCUUUGUUUGGGUUGACUUUAUUUAUAUGUUGAAACUCAUUAUGUAUGGAUUAUGUGGGUUAUUUAUGAUCGAUCCAGUUCGUCACAUGCCAUUUUUAGGUAA